CAUGAUGGGUCAUGAGCCUCUUAUAACUCGCGCUAUGGUCCACUCUCUCUCAGACCCUUCACACUAACAAAAAAAAAAAAAAAAAACACAAUAAGUUGCACGUUUUACCUUCAUAGUUGUUCAAUCUUAAUCAAACUGGUAUGCAAAAAUUGAACCUGUUUGAACAGUGACUGUGGUCUUGAAUUGAUCAGAUUGGAAUAUGCAGCUUCAGUGGCAUGAAAAGUUCAAGGUUUUGAUCAACAACAGAUGGCUGGUGUUUGUGUGUGCAAUGUGGGUGCAGUCGUGUGCAGGUGUUGGGUACUUGUUUGGGAGCAUAUCACCUGUGAUAAAGAGUGCCAUGGGGUACGACCAGAGGCAGGUGGCUUUUUUGGCUGUGGCUAAGGACUUGGGUGAUAGUAUUGGUUUUGUGGCUGGGAGUUUGUGUGAGGUUUUGCCCAUCUGGGUCAUUUUGCUCAUUGGGGUGGUGCAGAACUUUGUUGGGUAUGGCUUGGUUUGGCUUGUGGUUGCUGGUGUAUUGCCUGCUUUGCCUUUUUGGGUGUUGUGCCUUGCAAUAUUUGUGGGAACAAACGGUGAGACCUACUUCAACACAGCUGCUCUAGUUUCAUGUGUGCAAAACUUCCCCAAAAGCCGGGGUCCUGUUGUGGGGAUAUUGAAGGGAUUUGCUGGAUUGAGUGGUGCAAUUUUGACUCAGAUUUAUCUUAUGAUCAAUUUUCCGAAUGAAUCAUCACUCAUUUUCAUGGUUGCCGUUGGACCAACAAUUGUUAUUAUUGCUCUGAUGUUCAUUGUUAGACCUGUGGGAGGUCACAGACAAGUUAAACCGUCUGAUAAUUCAAGCUUUUUCUUUACCUACAGUGUUUGCCUCAUUCUGGCAAUUUAUCUGCUGGCAGUGUUGGUGAUUGAGGAUCUGGUUAACGUGAGUCAAGCUAUAAUCACUUUAUUUGCAGUUAUUUUAAUUCUUCUCAUACUGCUUCCAGUUAUAAUUCCCAUUCGAUUGGUAUUCUUCUCGGGACCAAGGCCUCCAGCUGAGGAGAGCCUUCUCUCUGAAGCACAGAAACAAGAAGCAAGUAAAUCUGAGCAGGAUGUGAAUGAGAUUAUUCUCAGUGAGGUUGAAGAUGAGAAGCCUCCAGAAGUAGACUCCCUUCCGGCAUCAGAAAGGCAAAAACGAAUUGCUCAUUUGCAAGCUAAACUGUUCCAAGCUGCUGCUGAAGGAGCUGUGAGAAGGCGAAAAGGCCCUCGUAGAGGAGAGGAUUUCACCUUAAUGCAGGCAUUAAGAAAAGCAGAUUUUUGGCUGAUCUUCUUCUCCCUCGUUCUGGCUUCUGGAUCCGGUAUGGCAGUUAUUGAUAACUUGGGUCAGAUUUGUGAAUCACUGGGAUAUAAUGAUACAACUAUAUAUGUAUCCUUGAUCAGCGUUUGGAACUUUCUUGGCCGUGUUGGUGGCGGCUACUUCUCUGAGCUUGUAAUAAGAAAAUAUGCCUUCCCAAGACCAGUGACAAUGGCUGUUGUUCAGGUUAUCAUGGCAAUUGGCCUUUUCUACGCUACUAUGGGAUGGCCUGGAGAAAUUUAUGUUCUCACCGUGUUCAUAGGGCUUGGGUAUGGUGCUCACUGGGCAAUUGUGCCAGCUUCAGCUUCUGAGCUAUUUGGCCUGAAGAGUUUUGGGGCCUUGUAUAAUUUUCUUACACUUGCUAGUCCAGUAGGUUCUCUGAUUUUCUCAGGUGUCAUUGCUAGUGGUAUAUAUGACUAUUAUGCAGAGCUGCAAGCCGGCCUCUCACAUCAAAAUUCUGAAGCCAUGCUUGCAAUUCCUCUUCGUGAUGAUGACCUCACUUGUUUGGGAACCAUAUGCUAUUCCAUCACAUUUGGGAUCCUGUCUGGACUUUGCCUUGUGGCAACAGUCUUGAGUUUGAUUGUUGUUUAUCGGACUAAGAGGGUUUAUGCCAACCUGUAUGGAAAUUCUCGCAGUUGAGUUACAAGUUUCUGAAGAGUGAAGACCUACUAUUAGCAUAUGGGUGCCAAGAAUUAUUCACUCUUACUUUAAGGCUGAGGAUCCUGUUGAGGAGAAAGUGCAAUGAUGCAAACAUUUUUUGCUGCACAUAGUGCAUAAAGUGAGAACCAGCAACCAAGCACAAAUCUACCAUCAAAUUCUAUCAGUUUAUUUUGUAAAGCAAGACCUAUAAGGUUUUCUGGUUGGAACCUUUGCUUGGUUUGGCAUGUGUUUUCACAAAUUGUUCUUGUACCCUUAAAAUACCAUUUUUUUUUCAUUAUCUGCAGGAUGAUUUCCUGCUUACCAUC